AUAGAUUUCAUAGUUACAUAUGAAUUCAUUCUUCGCAUAAUAGUCAACGGAAAACGAUAUCUAUCGUAAUGUCAUCGAAAAUAAAUAGUUUCUGCUAUUUCAAAUUGAAUCCUAACACAAUUAAUGAUGUGAGGAAGGAGUAUAACUUACAUACAUAUGGUGCUAUGGAUCAAGCUAUAGAUAUUUUACAUGAUUGGAUUCAGAAACAACCACAUUUCAUGAAGAAAGACUUACCCAGAGAGUAUUUAGAAAGAUGUAUAAUAAAUGCAAAGGGAUCACUAGAAAAAGCUAAAAGAAGAUUAAAUAACCUAUACACUAUGCAAACAAUGACUCCUAUUCUUUUUGAGAAGUGCCAUGCUAUAAAAGACUUUCCGAAUUUAAGAAAUUUUUUCGUAAACGUGCCAAUGCCCAAUAUGUCUGAAGAUAACUGCAGAAUCCAUAUCGGAAAGUUUAUGACAAAAACUGUCACAGCUGCUGGAUGUCUCGAGGCCUAUCAACAUUGCAGAAUUAUUCUAGAAUGUGCAAAACUUUAUGACUAUGCAAAAGGAUAUCACGUAAUCUAUGACUUAAGCGAAGUGAGCGUUGCGGACCUCCUCAGCAACAUAGACUGGGUUGUCUUCCGAACAUGUCUUACUGCUGUGAUUGAAGCAUAUGGUUUUAGACUAAGCACCAUUAACAUUAUAACUUCUUCAACGAUGGUCAACAUGCUGAUAAAGUUUAUAAAACAAUUUGUUAGCGAGAAAAUAGGCAGCCGGAUACAUGCAGUAAAAGACGUGGAAUCUUUACAAGAACAUGUAUCUAAAAAAAUGCUGCCCAAAGAUUACGGUGGUGAACAGAAAUCUAUUUUGGAACUUUACGAUGUAAUGAAUGAAGCAUUUUCCACUGAAGAGAACGUCGCAUUUUUGGAAGAAAUGAAACGCGCCCAUAUCAUUGAAGAGCUGAGGUGUUCUGAUAAUAAUUUAGACACAGAACUCCUUGGAAUACCUGGUUCUUUUAAAUUACUGAAUGUCGAUUGAACACUUUAUUUUCUAUUUUCAAUGUGGGAUAAUUUAAAAUUAUUAUUUAAGAUUGUUAUACUUAGUCUAAAUAAAAAUACUCCCUCAACUCUCUCGCAAAUGCUCAAAGGCUCCAAGGUUAAUUCUGACCACCAUCAGCAGUUCCACUGCACCAAAUGUCACUGUUCUGGACGUAAGUGCAUGCUGUUCUUAUAAAAAUACCAGUUGCUAUAAAGCGUGCCGUUCAGAUUUGAGGA